AUACAAGCCCCUGAAACACUCCUUUCUAAAUCUCCGUACAGCCGCCGUAUGUUAUAAUAAUUUUCUUUGUUCUUCUCUCUCUAAGAGUGUGUUCUGUGUUUAUUGUGGUGAAACAGAGAGAGAGAGAGAGAUCAUCUCAAAUUCUCAAUCAUCGUCGUCAUCAUGAGAACAAGCUGUAAUGGUUGCAGGGUUUUGCGCAAAGGGUGCAGCGACGACUGUGCCAUCAGGCCCUGUCUUCAGUGGAUCAAAUCCCCCGAUUCUCAAGCCCAAGCCACUCUCUUUCUCGCCAAAUUCUACGGCCGUACGGGUCUUCUCAACCUCAUUAAUGCCGGUCCUCAAUAUCUCCGCCCAGCUGUGUUCAAGUCGCUGUUGUACGAGGCAUGUGGACGCAUCGUGAGCCCGAUAAACGGGUCCGUGGGACUGUUGUGGACAGGGGACUGGGACAAAUGCCAAGCUGCCGUCGAAGCCGUUCUGGCAGGAGCGCCGAUCAAGGUCGAAACCGAGGAGCACGCGCUCGACUCGAAGCAGUUUGCUCAUCUCAAGUCCCCAUGCGCCGUGGACAUACGCCAUGUCACCAAGGACGACGUCGUUUCGGACUCUAACCCGAAGCACAUGAGCCAACCCAAACCCCGAAACAGGUUUAAGAGAACCGCUACCGGGCAAAAGACCUUGCUUGGCGGGGGGUCGAAUUUGGGUGACUUGACUCGGUUUCUGAACCCGGGUCACGAGUACUGGUGGCCGCGUCUGCUAGGUAAUGGGUCCACUAGCGCCGGUGAAGACGUCGAAAGCAUGUUCUCUGUUGAGUCUGUUGAGCCCAAAGAGCCGAACAAGGAUCAACGUGGCGAGGUUCGAUUGGAAUUGAGUCUCGGUUUCGCAGCUUGAGUGGCUUGAAACCAAGGCAGGUUAUAAUAGUAAUUUUGGUGACUAGAGUGUUGAUCAAGCUUAAUAAUAAUAGUUUUGGUCUUUUCUUCUUUUGCCUUUGUUUAGUUUUCUUUUCAUUUAAAUUUGAGCUAUAUAAAUGGGAAAUUGUGUUAUACCGGAGGGGUUUUGGGUACAUCGGAAGACAUUAUCACAAAUGUAAUUUGCAGAAUAUACAUAUAUUUGCCUA